UGGCUUUGCAGUCAGUUCCCUGUCAGAGGCCAGCACUGGGGUCUCUGCCACCCCUCCAUGGAAGGAAUGUACUAUCUGUAAGGAGCGCUUUCCUGCUGAGAGUGACAAGGAUGCCCUGGAAGACCACAUGGAUGGACAUUUCUUUUUCAGCACCCAGGACCCUUUCACCUUUGAGUGAUAUCACUCCUCCCUAGUAUGUAUGUAUACACACACACACACACACACACACACACACACACACACACACUUAUGUACGUUUGGGCUCGUGCCUAUUUUCCAUCACACUGGGCUCUGUAAUGUUCUGCUCCUACAAACCAUGCCUACGUCCCACGCUUUAUAACCCCAUCCUCUAUGCUGACUCCUCUGUCCCAGGCAGGGAUCUGUCUUGGAAGGAGUGGCUGAGUUUACUCUGGAAGACAGUUUGGAGGAAACAAGAUGAAGGGGGCUUUCCCUUAUGGGAACAGAAUUAUCCACUGCUAGCUCAAGUACAUAGCUGCAUACCACACACAACACUCCCUUCUGAUGCCCCAAAGCCAACUCCUGGGGCACCCACCCUCUCUUAGUCAGAAUUUGUUUGUUUACUGAGUCCUCCCCCCCGCCCCCCCGGGCCUGCAUGGAGGCAGCAGCAUGACCUCAUCGGGUCUUUUUCAGUUCUUGGCUUCACUAGUUCUUUCUGUUACCCACUGCUUUUCACACCCACCCCAGCGUUCCCAUAGCCUUAGGUCAUAAGUUUGGAAGUUUCUUUUGUAUUUUUAUGGAUUCCUAUACCCUCUUAAUGCCACCCCACACCCAAGUCCUCAAAUGGAAAAGAAAAUGUAUUUGUGCCUUUUGUGAGGGAUGGGGGGACAAGGGAUCCCAGGUACCCCCAUUUCCCAAACCCUCACCUUCUGCAGGCCCCCACAGCAAUAAGAACUCCCCCUUCUCCCUUAAAUUGUCCUCUCACCUGUAGUUUGGACAAAUAUAUUUAUAUGAUACGUGUCA